CUUUGCUUUGAAUUUGAACAUUUCUCAAGUGAAUGUCUCAUGAACUGGGUGUCCCUGAGGAAGAAAAGAAGGUAACGGUCUCAGUGUGACUGGAGUCACUUACGUUAUACUGAUGCUUCCUCUCAAGUCGCCUAAGACUCCAUCCUUUAAAUUCCUACAGAGGAGGCUACUGUGAAAUCCCACAGCAACUGUCAGAAAUUUGUGUAUUCCUUUAUUUCCUUGUAGAUUGUCAUUGCAGGUAUUUGUUUUGAGUACAUGGGACUAGCUCACUAAACAGACACCACCAAGAAUUGUUACCUAAGUAAGCCUGAAAGUAAAUAAGAAGGGACAGGCAGAGUUAGUUUAAAAAAGAAAAAAAAGGAAAAAAGACAGCCUGAAGCAAAUUUCUUCACAUACAGAAAGAGCCAGUGAAACAAGUGCAUUUGCAGUAAACAAAAUACAACUAACGUCUUGUGUAAGAAAAGAAGAGAACUGUAAGGACCUGACAGAAAAGGCACGGUUUCCUUCGCCCAGAUUCAUUUCCUUGCCAGACAUACUUGGUGAAGUGCGAACACUUUUUUCCGCUAUCACACCCUUGAGUCUUCUUGCAGGAUGAUGAUGUAUUUGUGGGGUAAUCAGGACGCUACUGCACCUCCUGACACAAUGGCACAGCCCUACGCCUCGGCCCAGUUCGCUCCACCACAGAAUGGUAUUCCAGCAGAGUACACAGCACCGCACCCUCAUCCAGCACCAGAUUACACAGGACAGACGACGGUUCCUGAACACACAUUAAACAUGUAUCCUGCUGCUCAAACACACGCCGAACAGAGUGCUAAUGACACAAGUGCACAGACCGUCUCUGGCACAGCCACACAGACAGAUGAUGUAACACAGACUGACUGCCAGCAACAGACACAGUCUUCAGAAAACACAGAAAACAAAACACAACCCAAACGACUGCACGUCUCAAAUAUACCCUUCAGAUUCAGAGAUCCAGACCUUCGGCAAAUGUUUGGUCAAUUUGGCAAAAUCUUAGAUGUCGAAAUUAUUUUUAAUGAACGAGGUUCUAAAGGAUUUGGUUUCGUAACUUUCGAAAAUAGUGCUGAUGCGGACAGGGCGAGGGAGAAAUUACACGGCACGGUGGUAGAGGGCCGUAAAAUAGAGGUUAAUAAUGCAACAGCACGUGUAAUGACAAAUAAAAAGACAGUCAACCCAUAUACAAAUGGCUGGAAGUUGAAUCCAGUUGUGGGUGCAGUGUAUACACCAGAAUUUUAUGCAGUGCCAGGCUUUCCUUAUCCUGCAGCAACUGCAGCUGCUGCUUACAGAGGAGCACAUUUGAGAGGCCGGGGUCGCACGGUCUAUAACACAUUUCGUGCAGCAGCACCACCCCCACCUAUCCCAGCAUAUGGCGGGAGCAGAUGGGGUGAGCUGAGCCACCCCCCAACAUUGCCGAUUCCUCUUACAAAUCUUCCUCAUUCUUGCAGGGGAGAGUUGAGCUGGCCAUCAACAUGCGUUGUUUAUCAAGAUGGAUUUUACGGUGCAGACAUUUAUGGUGGUUACACUGCCUACCGAUAUGCACAGCCUGCCACUGCGACAGCUGCUGCCUACAGCGAUAGUUACGGACGAGUUUAUGCUGCAGACCCCUACCACCACGCACUUGCUCCAGCCGCAGCCUAUGGCGUUGGUGCCGUGAAUGCAUUUGCACCCUUGACUGAUGCCAAGACUAGAAGCCAUGCUGACGACGUUGGUCUCGUUCUUUCUUCAUUACAGGCUAGUAUAUACCGAGGGGGAUACAGCCGUUUUGCUCCAUACUAAAUGAAAACAAAAACAAAACAAAAAAAAAAACAUAAAAACCUUCCAGUGUUGGGGGAAAAAAGAAGCUUUCCAAGGCCUGGGUAUUGCAAUACAUGCCGUAGUACAUCAUUUUAGGAACUUUAAAGAGACAAAAACACAUUUUUUAUAUUAUACCUCAAAUAUUUUGUUCUGUGUAUUUUAAUAUUGUGGGUCUUUACUUUCUGAAGGUUCUGUAGUUUGAUUGUGGCAAUAGAAAUUUAUGUGGUUGAUUUAGAAGGCUGCUAGAAAUGAAUAAAACUUUGUUUUAAGCCACAAUUAAGAGUGCUGUAUCAUGUAAAUGGAUCAUAUGUGCUCAAUAUUAAGCUAUCUGGGUUAUUAUUUUUUGUAUAACUUUAAAUGACUAUAGUAGUCAUUUUUCUGCAUUUACAUUUCUUUCAGUAUUGAAGGAACAGAUGGGUCAUGGGAAGGGCAAAAGGAGUGUAAAGAAAGGUAGAAGAGAAAAAAAAAGAUAAAAGGGGUACCACUGCACCACAUAUUGUAUUUAUCAGCUGUCUUAAGUUAUUUGCUAUUUUAUUUCAAAGCCAAAGGUUCUGCUAUCAUUGGAGAGUGUUUGAUCUGACAGUUGUACAUAAACUGGCAUACAAGCUGUUCAGGCAUCCUUAAAGGAAUAAAAGUAAAAAUUCUGCUAGUGUUUAACUGUUUGUCCCCAACUAGUUAUAUAAACAAAACCUCCUAGUUAACCCAACAGUAAGCAUUAUUUUUUAAUAAUUCUUCCAAUAAAAUAAAUUAUUGUUAUCAUUGCUGACUUUUUUAUAUUAUGGGCGGGAUCAUUAUAAAAAAAAUGAUAAAGCACUGUUUCUAUUUUUUUUUCUUUUCAUUUUUUUCUUAUCCAGAAAGAAAGUAAUUAUCUAGAUUAUUUGUACCUGUAAAAUGUAUAAAAUUUACAUCUGUGCAGUGGAGUUAAUGUUCUAGAAACCUAUGACAUUUUAGAAUUAACUAGUUAAGAAACUAUUAGAGAAAUGUAUCAUUUUUAUGGAAUUACAUGAUAAUCACAUUCAGAUUUAUAUAUACACAUAUAUAUAAAUAUAUAUACAUUUUUUCAAGCACUACAGUCAUUAAGUAGAGAGAAUAAUAUUGGUAUUUUCAUCAAAUUAAUACUUUUGAAACAUUAAUAUGUCAUGUAAGCAACCUGCAAUUUUUCAAUGGAAGGCAGCUUGUUGCCUGGUGGUUGUUGAAAAUUAAUACAAAUAUCAGUGUUACAGUAGGCCUUCUCUCCAUAAAAGAGAAAAACAAAAUAAAAUGCACAAAAAUCAUAAACACAAAAGAAAACCUAUCGACUACAAGUGAAAUGCUUCCUGUCCGGUUUAUUUAGGUUUCAGAAGUGAACAAAUAGCAAGCUGUUAAGCUUAGCUCUUGGCACCUUUGAAAAACUGUAGCUUGUCUCUGUAUACACUUCAUUCAUAUGUUGGUCUGUUUACAAGUUAGCCUAAGUUGGGGUAUUUGUCAGAGGUCUCUUUGUUUUUGUAUUUAAAUAAAAAAAGAAAGCAGACUAAAGCUGUUAUGGUACAGUUUUGCUGCAGAUUCUUUUAUCUUCAUGUGUACUGUGCACGUCACCUGGUGUGCACGUUAGUAAAUUAUCAACUCAUUGCUGUGAACCUGACAACUUGCUAUAAAAUCUGCUAUAAAGAAGUGUUUGUGACCAGGCUUUCUCUGUCAUCAUAUGUGCAUGCAGUAUGCUCAGUUUAACAACUACCAUCAAUAAAGUUUCACAAAAUUUGAAAAAAUAAAGUUUUUGAUGUCUUUAUCGAUAGGAACAAUAUAUGAGUUUAUUUUUGUUAAUAAAAAAAAGAUCAUAUUGUGUUUAACUUUAAAAUCAUAUGACUUAAAGUUAAAACUUGCAUUCCAUGAUCUGCAAAACAAAUGCUGACUGCACAAUAUUGCUGAGAUUGGAAACUUUAGCAUAUGGAUAAAAAAAAAAUAUAUAUAUAUAUAUAUAUAUAUAUAUAUAUAUAUAUAUAUAUAUAUGCUGGCAUCAAUAGAAUAAUUAAAUCCAGACCAUGAAAAAGAUGUCUUUUUUAAUAAAUCUGUGUUUUAAGUUUCUGAAGAUAAUUGCAUACCUCUUAAAUAGAGUGCAGCUGCUCACAACAGGUCAUGGAUACAUGGUUUGUACUGCACAAAUGUAUUGACUUUACAGAGAUAUAAAACUUGGUGGAGGACUCUUCACAUUUUGAUGUACCUGUUUGCUUCAGUAUAGUACAGAAAACACAAGUGUUACAUGAAAAAUAAAAUGAAAUAACUAUAUGCAGAAAAUGAAACUUGGCUCAAUGGGAGCCCAAAUACAUGGACUGACUUCUUUAAGGAAGAUGAAUUGUACAAAUAUCCAUAUUAUAAUUUGUAACAUGCUUUGAUUUUUACAUAGUUGAUGUUGGAAAUGCUUUAUGUUGAGAAUGUUUUGCCAAAUUACUUCUUACACUCUGUGUACAAAACAGCUAAUAAAUUUGCAGGCAUAUGUUCAAACAAAAUGCAUCUGAGCUGUGUCAGACAAGAAGGAUGGACGUUUAUCAGUCUGAUUUAAUGGUAAUAUUGUAAACAGAAGGAUAAAGUGGUCAUAUAGUCCUAAUGUUAAAUUACCUCAGCAGAAAAUUUGAAAAUGACUACUUGCAAAGUUCAUUAUCAAAUUCAUGAAAAGUCUCAAGAAUCUAAACUGCAUCAACCAGGAUUCCUGAAUAAUUAUACCACUAAAGUUAAUGUUAUUUGUUGUUUUUCUGUAUGGUGAUUUAGCAGUUAUAUUGUGCAAAAUGUUAAAAUUAUAGUCCUUUUAACUAUUCUGGAAUCUACUGCUUCCAUAAGGAACAAACAACUUUGAAAUAUGCAUAACUAUAUUCCAGAAUCUAUGUAUAUUCUUAUUUAGUAUCUGUGUAAAUAAUUUAUAUAAGUAUCACAUGAUAUAAUCUAUUAUUUUGCAGUUUAAUUGAACUGCCUUUCAGAAUUUCACAUAAUAAAGCCUAAUUCUAAAAAAAAACAAUCUCACCAA